AUGGAAUGGAUGGUUGUGGCUUUUGUGUAGGGACUGUUUGUGCAAUGAGGAGGGAGUUGUUUAUAUAUCUCAUCAAAAAUUCUGCCCAAGUGUGAUGAUUUUUCAUGAACUGAAUCAAUCACGAAGUUCUUUCUCAAGCACAAUUUUUGUGUAUUAAACUCUUGGCUUCUAUUAUCUAACCAAGUACUAAGUAUAAAGUACAUUCAGUCUAUAAUCAGUCAUGGCUAGCGAUAAGCUGGAUCUCGUUUUCAACAAGUACGUACCAGAAUUAGUGAAUGAGAAACCAUUGAAGCUGUUACUAACCACCGAGUGUUUCCUCCUUGAUAUAGGAUCGAUGAGCUUGCUGCUGCCGUUGCCCCGGAGCAUAAUAUCGUCAAUGACCGUAGGUUCAGCAUCUGCAUACUGUGGAAAGUACAAGUUCUAACCCAAGAAUAGGACUCGCAGCAGCAGUCAAGAUCCCAUCAAUUUCAUCAGACCGAAGUGCUGAUGGACGCAAAAAUGUAGUCGCUGUAUGCAUAGACUUCUCACUUCUUCGAAAAAUUAUCAACCUUGACUUCUAACACACAUGUCCAACUACUAGAUGACGGAUUUUCUAGAAAAUCAACUGAAGGCAUUACAUGCAUCAGUACAUCGGUAUCCACUAGGAAAAGAACCCAGCACCGACCUCGAUCUCCCGGAUAUAAUAAUCGCCAAUUACCCCGAGCAAUACGACGCAAACAAAAAAACCAUUCUAAUCUACGGACACUACGACGUUCAACCCCCAGGAGACGGCUGGGCAACCAACCCAUGGAUCCUCACUGAAAAAGAAGGAAAACUCUACGGACGUGGUUCCACCGACGACAAAGGACCACUCCUCGCCUGGCUCAACGCACUAGAAGCCUACCAACUAGCCAACAUCGACGUACCAGUAAAUCUCCUAUUCUGUUUCGAAGGAAUGGAAGAAUCUGGAUCGACAGGCUUCUCCACCUUUGCAUCAUCGCCGUCCAACCAGCACAUAUUCGAACAUGUAGACGCAGCAUGCAUAUCUGACAAUUAUUGGCUUACGACGCGAAAACCCUGUUUAACGUAUGGGUUGAGGGGAAUCAAUUAUUUUAACCUAACGGUUGAGCAUCCGGGGGUGCAGCUUCAUAGUGGGAUGUUUGGGGGUUGUGUGUAUGAACCUAUGACGGAUUUGAUUAUUCUUCUUUCGAAAUUGGUGGAUUCGCAGGGACGGAUUUUGAUUCCGGGGAUUAAUGAGUUGGUGGAGAGUGUGACUGAGGAGGAGGUUAAGGAGUAUGCGACGAUUGAGUUUACUACGCAGGAUUUUCAGGGUACCAUUGGGAGUCAGGCGAAUAUUUAUGAGGAUCCGAAGGAUACUCUUAUGCAUCGGUUUAGGUUUCCGUCUCUUACUAUUGUAAGCUUAUCCUUCCUUUCUUUCGUGUCUGUCGCACUUUCUAAUGUUCAACUCCUAUUUCCCCUUCGCUUCCUCGUAUUUCCACAUAUAACUCUCAUCCCUCUCGUCCCCCUCCUUCCGCCCCCAAAAAUCUACCCAACAAACAAGCCACCUACUAACUCCCCCCCUCCCAUUAGCACGGCAUAACCGGCGCAGAUUCCAGCCCGGACCAAACAACCGCCAUCUACCCCAAAGUAACCGCCAAAUUCUCCAUCCGCACCGUCCCAUACAUGAACCAACAAACCGUCACCGAUCUCACAAUCCAAUAUCUGGAGCAAGAAUUCGACAAGCUGGGAAGCAAGAAUAAAUGCGAAGUGAAACUAUUCGGAGAAUCGGCUCCGUAUUGGCUUGGAGCGUCUGAUGAUGCGAAUUUUAGGGCUGGGAAGGCGGCUACGCAGAGGGUUUAUAAGACGGAGCCGGAUUUGACGAGGGAGGGAGGAAGGUGAGUUUGAGAUUUUCUUUGUGUUGUGGGUUUUUGUUUUAUUGUGGAAGGGUCGUUUGCUGACGGUUUGAUAAAUCUGUAGUAUUGGAGUCACGCUCGAUUUACAGAAUGCGUUGGGUGAUAAGAGUAUUAUGUUAUUACCGGUAGGAAUGUCUGAUGAUGGGGCUCAUGGUCCUAAUGAGAAACUUGACAAGAAGAAUUAUAUUGAGGGGAGUAAAUUGCUUGGGGCUUACUGGUACUAUUUUGCCAAUCCUUAUUCUUAGUUUACUGGUUGAAGGAUGAAUCUUUUUGUGUUAUGUGGUAAGCUUAUUUAUCAUCAUAUUUUUGAUGAUCAAAAUUAUAAGGAAAUUGUUUCUAGGCCUCAAGUCAAUGAGUGAUAUAUACAAAUGAACUCAUAUGA